AUGGACUUUCAAGAUGCGCUGCGCGAUAUCAUGUACGGUUCUGUAGCAGGAGCCGCAGGUAAAGUCAUAGAAUAUCCUCUGGAUACCGUCAAAGUACGUCUGCAAACUCAACCAGCGCACGUUUUCCCCAACAGCUGGUCGUGCAUCAAGUACACAUACGCCAAAGAAGGUCUGUGGAAAGGUUUCUACCAGGGACUGGGAUCUCCCCUCGCGGGAGCUGCCCUUGAAAACGCAGUUCUGUUUGUGGCUUUCAACCAGGCACAAGGCUUUCUAACGCAACGCUACGGUGAGUACUUGGCCCCCACCUCCAGAACCAUAUUCGCCGGUGCAUUCGCUGGCGCCUGCGCCAGCUACGUACUGACCCCUGUUGAAUUAGUUAAAUGCAAAUUGCAGGUUUCAAAUCUUGCAUCCUCAAAAACCCAGCAUUCUAAAAUUGGUCCCACCAUCAAACAUAUCGUCCAGACCCGUGGUAUCGCUGGUCUAUGGCAGGGCCAAUCAAGCACCUUUAUUCGAGAAAGUAUCGGUGGUGCCGUAUGGUUUGCAUCGUAUGAAGGCGUAAAACGGUAUCUUGCACAAAGGAGAGGGCAAGACAAUGUCCAAAAUCACACCUGGGAGCUGCUUGUCUCAGGUGCUUCCGCUGGUGUUGCCUUCAAUGCCAGUAUUUUCCCAGCUGAUACCAUUAAAUCUACCGCACAAACUGAGCACUUGGGGAUCGUGAACGCGACCAAGCGCAUAUUGGCCAAAAAUGGGCCGGCAGGAUUGUAUCGCGGGCUUGGGAUUACCUUGUUGAGAGCCGCUCCCGCAAACGCCGUGGUUUUCUACACUUACGAGACUUUGUCUAAUUUAUAG